AUGGCUGAGAAGACUCACCAGGUUUAUCCUACAGCCCCAGCAAAUGGUUACACAAGAAGUGAUGGAGAAUCUUUGGUAUCUGAAGAUGAGCUGAAGCGCAAGAAGAGAAUCGAGUUUUUUACCUACAUAGGUAUUUUCAUUGUGUUUCAGAUCAUAGUGAUGACCGUUUUUGGUCUCACUGUGAUGAAAGUCAAGACUCCCAAGGCUAGAUUGGGCGAAAUCAAUGUCCAAACUCUCAACUCCGUCCUUGCAACACCUUCAUUCGAUGCAAUGUUCACAACCCAAAUUAGGAUCAAGAACACAAAUUGUGGUCCAUACAAGUUUGAUGCAGGUAGUGCCACAUUUCUGUACCAAGGAGUGACUAUUGGGCAGGUUGUGAUUCCUAAGAGCAAGGCAGGAAUGCGUUCCACCAAGACGAUUAAUGUAGAGGUCAGUGUGAAUACUAAUGCAUUGCCGAGCAGUUCUACACUCAGCAGUGAAUUGAACAGUGGGGUGCUGACACUGACCAGCCAGGUUCAAUUGAAAGGAAAAGUCGAAUUGAUGCUCAUCAUGAAGAAAACCAAGAAGGCUUCUAUGGAAUGCACCAUAACAUUUGAUUUUUCAUCAAAGACCGUCAAAGCUGUACAGUGCAAAUGA